AACAAAAAUGAGCACAAGGACAUCAAAAAUCGCAAAUAUUUCCCUGAAAAACGCAAAAUCUUGUUGCAAUAAUGGUAAUUUUGGAAGAUCAUUUGCUCAUUAUUUAUUAUAUUUGAAAUUAGCACCAGAAAAGACGGAUGAUGUAUUGAUAGAUUUCGUGUUUGUGAUGAGAAAUUGGACUGAACAACUCGAAAGAGAAAAUAGGAUAGAAGAUCUCUUCCGUUGCUACGAACAAGCGUGUGAAAUUAUACCAGACUGUGAAGUCGUACUGAAUAAUAUUGGUGCUCAACUAUUUCGCAUUGGAUACUUAGAAGAGGCAGCUGCCUAUGUUCGCAAGUCCCUGGAGAUAAAUCCCGAUUACUCAGCAGCUAGAGAAAAUUUGGACAACAUUUGCUGCCAUCUUGUUGAGCGCUGGCAUUUCAGGAUGUUGAAUGAUGUUAAAAGAAAUACUGCCUACCUGUCUGCAAUUCAAACAGUUUCAAAACUUGGUCACACUAGCAUUUUAGACAUGGGAGCUGGAACUGGGAUAUUAAGCAUGUUUGCUAGAGAAGCCAAAUUUAAGAACAUCUAUGCAUGUGAACAAUCGAGAACAAUGUGUGACUUGAUUGGGAAAAUUCUUGCUGCAAAUAAAUGUGAGGAUGAGGUCACACUAAUUGGCAAAAAUUCCACGGAGCUAAUUCUAGGCAUGGACUUUCCAGAAAGAUUAGACUUGCUUGUAACUGAAACUUUUGAUGCUGCAUUAUUUGGAGAGCAUGUGAUUCCAUCCCUUAUCCAUGCUUGGGAUAACAUACUUAAUCAGGAAUCUGGCAAAGUGAUACCAGAGAGAGCAACUGUUUAUGUGUGUGCAAUAGAGUGUGAAAAACUAAGGCUUCAGAACAGGUUUUUGUAUCCUGGGCUACAGAAUCUAGAUUUCAACAACAUCCACAUUAUAUGUAACACAUCGCAUUCCCAGGAUGAACCUUAUUCAACAGAAAACCUUCACAACAUGAGCGGACAUUUCAAGUUCCUGUCUGACCCUACCAAACUGUCAGUCAUUGAUUUCAAUGAUGUACAGAUGCUGAAAACACUCCAGGAGGGAGUUAACUUUGAGGUGAAAAUUUCCAUCAAAUCCCCAGGCAAGCUUGAUGCCUUGGCUGUUUGGUUUGAUCUUCAUCUGUUUCAAGACAUCUCCAUAACAACCAGUCCAUCUGUCCCAAACUGCUGGGAACAAGCAAUUUUUCCUGUAAUACCCUCCAAAUCACCAAAUUCAAAUACAGAUGAAAAGGGGAGUAUUAAUCAGAAAGAAGGAGACAGGAUCAUCUCAGUCUUCAGCCUCAACCAGAAUCAUCUGCAUCUCAAAUCAUGGCAGAAGAGAGAAAUUGCCAACAGUCCAGCAACCGAGGAAAAUAAAUGCCAAAACUGCAGCAGAGAAGAAAAGGUGUUCUACAUGGACAGAUAUGAACUUUACAGAUUAAAUAAUCUGCAUUUGAACAGAAUGUUAUGUAAAGCUUUGGCUCAAAUUAAAACUCAGUGCACUGAAAGAAAUUUGACUCUUUUGGACUUCUCUUCCACAUUUUCUCCCAUCAGCCUUCAGAUGGGUCGUCAUGGUUACCAAUCUGGAACAGUAGUUAUGAAGUCUGAAUUUCAUGAAUUGUAUCAGACUCUUUUGAAUACAAAUGAGUUGACAGAUUUGAAUUAUGAUGUUUUGGAUGUGAGUGAAUGGCCAGACUUAACAAGAAAACAUGACAUUAUUCUUUGUGAUCCUGUAGAACUGUGUGGAGCAUUAAGGCAGCAGAUUUUUGAAGAUUUGGACUUACUGAAAUUGACUUGUUUAGAAGCAGAUGGACAAAUUGUUCCAGGGAUCAUUAGAAUCAAUGCCAUGUGUAUAGAGUCAGAAAGCUUGUUGUCAGAUAGUGCUGUACUUGGAGAUGAUGUAACCUUAGGACUUCGCAUUGCUGAAUUUAUCAAUGGGUAUCAGGCAGCCACACACCUGGAUGUUGAUUUACUUCACCUGGAUCAUGUCCGGCUCACAGGUCCAUUUCAACUUUUCCAAAUUGACUUGAAUGAAAAGUGUACAGAUAAGCCCUCAUCUUUUCUGGACUUAAAAACAAGCAUCAGUGUAACAGCUUCAGAUACAGGUCAUGUGACUGCGGUUAUUUACUGGUUUGAAUUUGAACUUUGUGAAGGAAUAACUCUGUCAACUUUAGAGUCAGUGUUGCCAUGGAAUCAAGCAGCUGUGAUGAUGAAAUCAUGUGACCUUGACCUUGUUUGUGGUCAACAGGUGAAAGUUCAUGCAACAUUGAAAAACAGUUGUAUAGGAAUAACAAUUGAUGAUGAAUUCAUGGAGGGGAGUUAGCAAAUUGUUACUAUAUUCAAUUUUAAAUCUAAAUACUGUAUACAAGGAAAUUUUUGCCCCCCCCCCUUUUGUUUUGGCCCUCAAUGCAAGAGGCUUAUUUAAAACAAGGCAAAUUCAAAGAAGAGAGACUUAUUUCUUUAAAUCAACUUUGUCUGGGGCAAAUUUUAAGAUGGGGCAAAAUCAUUUGCAAGUUAAAGAGGGUUGAAAUAGCCCGUAUACAGUAGUAUUUUUUAACAGGUCUGGACGAUUUCCAAAUAUGGAAGUCAAGAACGAUAACUGAAAGUUGCUAUAAAUAUACAUCAUAUACACGUAAAUAUUUUUCUGCCCAAUCAGACAACAGCAUUUUUUCACACCCCAAAACAUAUUUCAGAGGAACAAUAGGAGAACAUGUGCUUUUGUUUUUUUCCUCAAAAAGAUUUUUUUGGCAAAAAAUCAUUAGAAGUAGGAUGAAAAGUUCGGAAGAAUAAGGUAUUCCCCACAUAUUUACCGUGAACAAACUUGACAUUUUCAUCUCGGAAAAGAAAAAAAAUAAUGCAUGUAACUAUGCGAUCGUUUAUGGAGGAAUAGAUCACAUCGUCAAGCUAUUAUCAAGCACAGUUAUAACAUUACCAGAACAUACUCUGUGCUGGUAUAUAUAAUUUUGCUUAGCCGUCCGAUUUUCAUCGAUAACGCAAGGUUUCCAUACGUAUAGAUCUACUGCACACAAGUAUUUAUCGUAUAGACUACAUGUAGUUUUAAAAUAACACGGGUUUCAUGAGCGCCGAAUACCAUGUUAUAUACACUUUAAAUGGACAAAAGGAAAGGUGAAAAACAUGGAGAAAAGGGAACGUACAUGGAUUCUUUUUAUCACCAUAUAUAUGCAAAUCUUACCUCGCAUUCCAGAAACUGCAUGGACGAUUUUGUAAUAAGCACUCAUGAAACAAUUAAGACUGUUAUAUUCCAAUACGUAAACAUUUUCAUGUUAGGCUCUAAAAACUGAAAAUCUGUCGUAUAUAUAGCGAAUCUCUUAAUACAAGUUAAACUUUUGGGGUUGCUACCUCGUAGUGACAGAUUUUAAUCCCACUUAGAAUUUAUUCUAAGCUUUCAAGUCGUGUUUGUUCACGGUAGAAUUGUCAUAUAUACUAUAUCAUUCUUAAAUGUGCAUAAAUUUUACAAAAAGUUUGUUCUAAAAAAAUUUUUUGAUCAAAAAACUCUAAAACCACGUGUUUUAUUUAUUUUCUCAUCGGUAUGUCUAAAUGCCGUUAUUUGAUUGGUCAGAAGGAUUAGCACCUUGUUCAUUCUGUGUAUUUAUAGCAAUUCAUGGUUAUCGUUCUUGACUUCCAUAUUUGGAAAUCGUCCAGACCUGUUUAAUGAAUUGAAUUUAAAUAAACAUGAAUUAAAUUC